AUGUGGGCAUGUGUUUCAAACCCUUUUGACCAGAUUAAAGUUGCCAAAGCAAUUAUUGAAUCUCUCAAAGGUAGUCACCAAAAUUUAGAAACAUUGGAAUCUUUAUUCCAACGUAUUCGGGAAUCCAUCGAGGGAAAGAAGGUCUUUCUUGUCCUAGAUGAUAUAUGGAGUGAUGACCAUGAAAAAUGGGAAAAAUUCAUACAACUGCUUCGAUUGGGUGCUGUAGGAAGUAGAGUGUUGGUAACAACCAGAAAAGUGGAAGUUGCUAUGAUGAUGGGAGCAGCCGCCGAAAUGAUUACCCUGCAACUGCUGUCUGAUGAGUAUUGUUGGUCAAUAUUCAGCGGACUUGCAUUCAGGGGAAGAAAUAGUUUGGAGUGCAAACAAUUAGAGAGAGUUGGGAGGCAAAUUGCAAGCAAGUGCAAAGGCUUGCCUCUUGUAGCAAAGAGCUUAGGAAGUUUGAUGCGUUCCAAGGUGACUGAGAAGGAGUGGAAGGAUGUUCUUUCUAGUAGAUUCUGGGAAUUGAAAGAUGAACAAACCAAAACUUUUGCUCCAUUCUUCUUGAGCUAUUAUGAUUUGUCUCCUAGAGAAAGACGUUGCUUCUUUUAUUGUUCUAUAUUUCCUAAAGAUUUAAUCUUAGAUAGAGAUGGCUUGAUUGCAAUGUGGAUGUCACAAGGUUAUUUAAGUGAUAGUCAAAAUCCGGAGGAAGAAGGUGAAAAGUGCUUUCAAAUUCUAACCAUGCGGUUUUUCUUUCAAGAUUUUGAGAUAGGUUUUGAUGGAGGCAUUGUAAAAUGCAAAAUGCACGACAUAUUGCACGACUUUGCCCAACUUUUGGCAAGAAACGAAUGCUCUACCAUGAGAGUUGAAGUUGAUAUGGAGAAAACAAAGCCUAUCAGUGUUGAAAAGAUCCGUUACUCUACCUUGGUACUGGCACCGAAUUUUCCCAAAAUUCCUACUUCAAUAUUUGAUCAAAGUAAAGUGCGUUCCCUUUUCAUAUAUUGUGCUUCAGAUACUAGUUUAGGUGAUGAAAAUACGGUGUUCUUUCAUCAAAACUUUCGUUAUCUGAAACAUCUUAGAACACUAGCUUUGACAUCUAGUAGAAUAACAAAGGUUCCAGAGCAAAUUGGGCAGUUGAUACAUUUGAGAUAUCUCAACGUGUACAAUAGCAUGAAUUUGCAAGAAUUGGCUGAUGAAGUAUGUGAUUUAUGUAAUUUACAAACUUUAAUAAUUGAAGGAUGCAGCCGGCUUCAAAAACUUCCAGAAGGGAUGGGAAAGCUAGUGAAUUUGAGACACCUUUACAUGGCUGGCUGUUAUGCAUUGGUGGGAUUGCCGAAAGGAAUUGGUGGACUAACUCAACUUCGGACGCUAGACACAAUGAUUAUACCAAAGAAGACUGAAGCAGCAUAUUUUUUGAGUUUAGGAGAUUUGAAAAAGUUGGAUCACCUUCGAUUUCAAAGGUCUUCUUUUGAAAUAACUAAGUGCUGUAAUUUGAUAAAUCAGAGUGAGAGUGAGCUAAUGUAUUGGGAAUGUCUGGUAUCCCUAAGUCUAGAUUUUGGAGUAAUUGAUGAAGGAGAGGAAAUUAGAGACGAAGAAGAUGAAUUUGAAAUUCUUGAAGCCUUACAACCACAUUCAAGCUUGAGAUACUUAGGAAUCACCGAGUAUAAGGGUACCAAUAUGUAUCCCAAAUGGAUGAUGGGAUUGGAUAAGUUGACGGGGCUCCACAUUAUACACUACAAGCAGUGUGAGAGUUUACCUCCUUUUGGAAGCCUACUACCUUCACUCGAAGAGCUUGUGAUUGAUGGGUUGGAUAAAGUGAAAAAGAUAGCUGAUGAGUUUCUAGGACUUGGAGUGGACCGAGCUGAAGCUAUUGGGAAGGCGCUGCAGGCACUAGUCUUCAAUCGGGAGUAA